AUGUUAGAGGAGCUCAAUAUACGUCCAGCGAGGUUUGAUUUCGACGCGGAGAAGCUGAAGGAAGUUGCCAAAGGUCGUGCCGUUAGCGAGAGGUUUAAGUUGGACUUGUCAUUUAUCCAACAUGGAGGAUUAUCUGUGAAAGAACAACUGGCAUCUAUUGCAACGAUCAACUACUUAUUUGAAUCGAUGUACAACGCGCCGGGCACCGAUCUCAGCAUACUUCGCGCUAAGUUCUCUCCGGAGUUGAGAUUUCCGGCGGGUACUCAUAAAAACUCGAGCACGGUGUACACAUUCCACGGAGCGGCCGAUUAUGUGUUAUUUUUGGUAAACAAAUAUGUCAACUUGGACAAUAGGGAUAUCAACGAUUUGAAAGCGGCACUACGUCUUUGCGGGAACAGAUUGCUUAUUGUGGAGGUGAAGAGCUUCGAGACCGUUUUCAAGCCCCAACACAUUGCAGAGGCUGUUGCGCAGGCGGUGACGGCAAGCGGCCAUUCUAAAUGGAACCAACGAUUCAUCAUGACAGACUCUACGCAAUGGAAAUUUUGUGUCUACCGGGUGGAGGAGAGGACGUACUAUUUGUCCGAGACACUCACGGUCGCCAAGCAUGGAGAAGAGGCGAUUCUUACAGUUCUUGACGAAUGGGUGUGGAAUGCUGCUGAUACGAACUCACCACGCAAACUCUGGCCUUUCAAGCCCGUCGCAGAAACGCCCGAUGUAGCUAACUAA